AUGGAGUUGGCGUACGUGUGCGAGUGGGAGAAGCGCCCCAAAAGCACCCACCGCCCCUCCGUUCCGCUGGUGUGCUCCUGGUCCUGCAGAAAUUUGGUGGCCUUCACCACCGACCUGAAAAACCAACACGACGAUGUCAGUCACGUGAUUCACAUCAUGGACACGGAGCACCCCUGGGACGUGUACUCCAUCAGCUCGGGCCACAGCGAGGUCAUUUCCUGUCUGGAGUGGGACCCAUCGGGCUCCAGGCUGCUGUCGGCGGACGGCGACGGUCACAUCAAGUGCUGGUCCAUGUCGGAGCACAUGGUCAACAGUUGGGAAAGCCUCCUGAGCAGUUCGGUGGAGGGAGAUCCCAUCGUGGCGCUCAGCUGGCUGCACAACGGCGUCAAACUGGCCCUGCACGUGGAAAUGUCGGGUUCCACCAACUUCGGCGAGAAGUUCUCCCGGGUCAAGUUCUCUCCCUCGCUGAGCCUGUUCGGCGGCAAGCCCAUGGAGGGCUGGCUGGCGGUGACGGUCAGCGGCCUGGUCAGCGUCUCGCUGCUCAAGCCCGGCGGCGCCCUGCUGACGGCCAGCGAGAGCCUCUGUCGCCUGCGGGGACGCGUGGCCCUGGCCGACAUCGCCUUCACGGGAGGCGGCAACAUCGUGGUGGCCGCCGCCGACGGCAGCGCCUCUUCGCCCGUGCAGUUUUACAAGGUGGUAGUGAGUGUGGUGAGCGAAAAGUGCCGCAUCGACACGGAACUUCUGCCCUCUUUGUUCCUGCGCUGCACCACCGACCCGCUGAGACGGGACAAGUACCCCGCCGUCACCCAUCUCAAGUUCCUGACCAGAGAGAACUCUGAGCAGGUUCUGCUGUGCGCGUCCAAUCAGAGCGGCAGCAUCGUGGAGUGUUGGUCGCUGAGAAAGGAGGGGCUUCCCGUCAACAACAUCUUUCAGCACCGAUCGCCCGCGGUGGGCGAGAAGCCGCCCACCAUCUUGAAGUGGCGGAUCCUGACCACCACCGGCGACCUGGAGCGAGUGUCCGCCGUGGCUCUUCCCAAGCUGCCCAUUUCCAUCUCCAACACCGACCUGAAGGUGGCGUCGGACACCAAGUUCUGCCCAGGGUUGGGUCUGGCUCUGGCUUUCCACGACGGCACCAUCCAGAUCCUCCACCGCUUGUCCCUCCACACCAUGGGCGUGUUCUACGGCUCGGCCGCCGCCCCCUCGGGGGGCCAGCGGCCGGGAGACGAGUCGUCCGUCAAGCGGCAGAGGACCGGCGGGGCGCACGGCCUCCAUUUCAAGGCCCUGCAGUUCUCCUGGACCUCGCUGGCGCUGGCCGGGGUGGACAAUCACGGCAAGCUGCACAUGCUGCGAGUGUCCCCUUCCAUGGGUCAAGUGCUGGAAAUGAACACCACGCUGCGCCACCUGCUGUUCCUGCUGGAGUACUGCAUGGUGACGGGCUACGACUGGUGGGACGUCCUGCUGCACGUGCAGCCCGGCAUGGUCCACAACUUGGUGGAUAAACUGCACGAGGAGUACAUGAGGCAGAACCAGGCGCUGCAGCAGGUCCUGGCCACGCGCAUCGUGGCGGUCAAGGCGUCGCUGUGCAAACUGUCGACGGCCACGGCGGCGCGAGCCUGCGAUUUCCACGCCAAGCUGCUGCUGAUUGCCGUCAGCUCCACCCUCAAAUCGCUCCUGCGACCGCACGUCCUCAACACGCCGGACAAAAGUCCGGGAGACCGCCUGAGCGAGAUCUGCGCCAAGAACGCCGACUCGGACAUCGACAAGGUGAUGAUCAACCUGAAGACGGAGGAGUUUGUGUUGGACGGGCCUCCCCUACAGUCGCUGCAGCAGCUCAUCCAGUGGGUGGGCGACUUUGUGCUCUACCUGCUGGCCAACCUCCCUAACCAGGGCUCGGCGGCGCGGCCCGGCUUGGGCUUCAUGCGGGACGGCGCCUCCCUGGGAAUGCUGCGGGAGAUGCUGGUGAUGAUCCGUAUCUGGGGUCUGUUCAAGCCCGGCUGCCUGCCCACCUUCACCGCCACCUCCGACAGCCAGGACAGUUUGCAGCUGCUCUUCCGCCUGCUCACCAAGCUGUGGCUCUGCUGUCGGGACGACGCGCCCCCCCAGGAGCCCGACGAGAGCCUGAUCGACGAGUGCUGCCUGCUCCCCAGUCAGCUGCUGGUGCCCUCCCUGGAUUGGCUGCCCGUCAACGACGGCGUCAUCGUCAAGCUGCAGGGCAAGCAGCCCAUCCGCUUGCACUUUGGCAAAAGCGCCUCGCUCGACCUCGUCGCCAGGAGCGCUGGCUGUCAGAGGACGGACAACCUGCGCUGCGUCCACAUGGGCGUUUGUCCCACGGAAGACAGCAAGGCCUGCACCAGGUGCGGCUGCGUGACCAUGCUUCGCUCGCCUAACAAGAGUAACGCCAUGAAGCAGUGGGAGCAACGCUGGAUCAAAAAUUGCCUUUGCGGAGGUUUGUGGCGCCGCGUUCCGCCCACGCUGCCCUGA